AUGAACCCUGCAUUACGAAAGAACGCAAAACCAUCGUUUGUUUGCUUGCGGUGUAAACAAAGAAAGAUAAAAUGCGACAAACUUUGGCCUGCAUGCUCGAAAUGUAAGGCUUCUUCAUCGGUUUGCACCUAUGAAAUGGAACCAGGUAAAACGAACAUAUCUCCCCCAAUCACUAAUAAUCCAUACGGCGACCUCACGGGUAUUACUCCAACAUCGAUGUCCACAGGCGCCUCUUCUACAUCUACCCUAACUUCAAGAACCAAGGACUGGAAAAUGAAAAACUUUGCCAUGAAGCUAUGGAAUGUCCAUGACAAGCUUGUAGUAAUGAACAACAUCACCAUUAUUGAUAACCCAUUUGCUGGUCAUAACAUCAUUCAACAAGAUUUAUUUGCUAAGGCUUUAGCCACUUGCAUACACGGUAAAAUACUGAUUGAUGUUGAAAAUCAUCGUGAAAAUGCCCCUACUAACGGCAAAAGAAGAGAACUGAGCUUACCAAUCAAUGAUAUUGGACCUUUGUUUUUCGUUGAUAAAGCCGUACUGAAGUUUGUUGAUAACGCUUCCAAAACAACUAAAUUAUCGCCUCCAAUAGAUUUCCUAUAUAACACGUAUGACUAUGAACAAAUGAAUCCUCAAGAAUGUAACGAAAAAAUCUCCAUAAACAUUCUUUUACAAGAGCUUUCCCAAUAUCUGCUUAGUAGACAUGAGGUUGACACUUUAGUAAUGGACUUUUACAAGACAAUCUAUCCGGUAUAUCCGUUCUUGGAAAUAUCAUUAUUUGAAGAGAACUUGAAGGAAUGCUUACAGCUCAACGACUUCAACGGCUACAACAUCGUGCUAACCGCUAAGGACUCCAGAAGAAAUCUGGAAACAAUCACACUGCUAACCAUUAUACUGGCCCUUUCUCACAGACGCUUGACUUUAACGGCCAACACUCCCUUUAAAGAGUCUUCUUAUGUGAAAUCAAAUAGUUUGGCAUUGCUCGCUCAUAAAUUUAUUUCUUUGAUGAACGUCUUUCAAUACAUCAAUGAAUACACGUUUUGCUGUUUGCUGUAUUUUUUCGUAUUAAGGUACUUAAAUCCCGAUCAAAUUGACAUGUAUCCCACCCAUGGUGACUUAUUGAAUCUAAAGUUCCUCAACGAUUUGGCCAUAAAACUAGGUUUACACGAAGAACCCUUUCAAUAUACAAGAUACAUUAGCGAAAGGGAUGAUUAUCCAAGACUUUUCAAUUUAAGAAGAAAACUAUGGCUUGGUGUGCAGUUUUUAAAGUUUCAAAUAUCAACCCCGGAAGGGGAUUCUGAUAUAUUGAGUUUAGAAUAUCUGCGCUCUUUUAUUAAAGGCGAUGAAUCGUUACCUGAACUAUUUGAAAAAAACUACAAUUUUACUAAUAAUUUAGAUUUAUCAUUGAUGGCUACAUCAGAGAACGUUUAUCAUUUUCACUUGUCUUUACAAGUUCUAUUAACUUCUUGCACCCCCAUAAAUGGUACUUCGUAUUUGAAGGAAAUAUUGGAUAACAUCAACAAUACAAAGGAUUUUUUAAAUCAAAAAUUUCCAAUUAUUUUGAACUCUUUGGAAGAACCAAUACUAAAAAGCUUGCACAUUAGCAUUCCAUCCUUGUUUGCAAGUUCUGUACCAUUUGAUUUUAGUACUUUUGAAGAAAACGAGACCUUUAUGGCUAAUGUAAUAGGCUAUACUUCUACAAUGAAUGUCUACCACAGCUUGGCGUUGUAUUUUGAGAAAAAUUACUUCAAAAACCCUUUAGAGUAUGAACCAUAUUAUCACCGUUUCACUUUUACCGCUAUGCAAGAUUAUUUGACGUUAAUGAAAUUAAUUUCGGAAUAUUUCAACGGGAAUUUGGCUCAUUUACGAGAACCUUAUGGGUUUGUUACCCAAACGGUUGUUCGAUGCUCAAUACUGAGAUUAUUUGCAUUCCAAGCCACUUUACUCGUAAAAUUAUUUUUCAAGAAAGACACAUGUAGCCAACCGUCUAUAGUCAUGGGAAUGGAGAAUGAUAGAAACGGAAGAGUUAUUCAGGUUAUAAAAAGAAUGAUCAAGCUAAUGUCCUUCCACAUGAAAUUGUUGAUCGAAAUUGUUACCUCAAAAUUGGAAAACGAUUACCUCGGUUCAUUUAUAUCAGUAUCUAUAUUCAGAUAUAUCAUUUAUUUGGUGGAUACCGACGCACUGUCUUCACUUAUAUCCGACUACUGGAAGAACAGCACUAAUUUGAAUGAAAAGUAUCAGAGAAUUCAUAAGAUUGUGGGCUUGAAAUGGGGGUUGGGGAGAAACAAGUCGUUUUUUGUUGAAUCAAAGCUAAGUAAUCCGCAAACCUUAGCAAGUCUUAAUCUAGAUAUCUUAGAAGACUUGGAAAAACUUAUCUCCGAACAUGAUUUUUCGAGAAGCUUUAGUGGCAACGUUGAUCCUUUACAAAAUGAAGUCGAUUUCAUGAAUUGUGACAAUGAAGCCUUAAAUCAAUUAUUGGCAAUUGACCUUGAUAGGCUGCUUGGAAUUUUUCCCGACUUAACCAGCUUUUAA